AUGGAUGCAGUAAUGAAUGGCGCAAUAGCUGGAGCUACCACAGUUCUAAUCACAAACCCAUUUGAUUUGGCAAAAACACGAUUAUAAGCUUAAGGGGAACUUGUAGCUGAAGGCCACUAUAAGAGAGCAUAUUCUGGAGUGAUAAAUACAUUAAUUAAAACUUCAUAAUCUGAAGGAAUCUUUGGAGUUUAGAAAGGCCUGUAAGCUGCAAUUGUAUUUCAAAUUAUUAUGAAUGGAUUACGAUUUGGAAGCUAUGAGAUCGUAAAGGAUAUUGCAAAUGAAUAAUUCCAUUUAUAUAAUUCUCAUGGAUAUGUAAAGGUUUUAUCGAAUAUUGGCAUUUCAGCAGGAGUCGGUUGUUUUAGUGCUUUUGUCUCAAGCCCAUUUAAUAUGAUUAAAACUAGAUUAAUGCUUUAAACCAAGGAUUUACCAUGUGGAAAUAGAUACGAUUAUUCUGGGCUUAUUGAUGCUAUUUCUAAAAUAUUUAAAUAGGAAGGAUUGAAAGGACUGUAUGCUGGAUCAUCAAUUAUGGCGUUCAGAACUGGAUUAGGAUCUGCAAUUUAGUUACCAGUUUUUGAUUUUACAAAAGAACAUGGAAAAAAAUGGAUCACAAACCAAACUGAAUUAAAUAUGGUGGCUAGUGCUAAUGCAACCUUAUGGUUAUGUUUAAUGACCUGUCCUGUUGAGGUAGCUUUGACAAGAUAUUUUAAUUAAUAAUUUGAUAAAUUUGGUAAUCCCACAGUUUAUUAAGGAUGUUUCCAUGCCAUAAAAAUAAUUUUUACAUCAGAGGGGUUCUUAGGAUUAUACAAAGGAUUAGGAGGUUUAUUUUUUAGAUCUGGACCAUAAUCGUUUAUCUCAUUAUUGAUUGUCAAUCAAUUAAAUAGUCUAAGAAAUCAAAAAAAAAAAUAAUGAAUAUUGUAUCUGUAUAAUUUUGGUUACAAAAC